AUAUCUAAUUCCAAAUUAAAGAUCCAUAUUCAUGGGAUCAUGCAAGCGAUGUCCAAUAAAUCAUGCUACUCAUGAUGAUGCUAACACACAUAUUCUUGGUCCCCUCUCCUUUUGCAUGGGGAAAUAAUAAUAAAAUUGUACAUUUUAUUAUAAUUGAAAAUAAUAAAAAAUUACUUAAUCUUCAUUACUAGGGUAAAGAUUUAGGGUUGGAGACAUGCGAAUUUCCUACAUCCUUCUAUAUAUGUAACAUGAUCUGAAUUUUUAUUAUAUACAUGUAUAGUAUAAAAAGUUAGAAAUAAAAUCCAAUUUUCUAGGGAAAUGCUUAUAUAUGGGCCUUCAUUUUGUUCCAUAGAAACCCUAAAAACAUAAAUUAGCCACACCCAAUAUAACACUACUCCCUCUUGUCUUUUGUGCCAUGUCACACUACUCUUCAAUGGAAGAAGAUCCUCAAGAAAUGCAGCUACUUUCUUUCCCUACUCCACCACCACCAACACCUGCUUCACAAUAUCCUCCACCUUGGCCGCCGAGUACGCCGGCCCGAUUCGGCCCGUACACAACUGAUCACAAUUCCGAGGGCCCGUCUCUAGACCUCCAACUAUCCAUAAGUGUCAAAAAGCCACUCAAGCUAAGACAAGUUUUAAGAAGCUACAACAACAACAACAACAACAACUUUGUUGAUCAUCAUGUGAUGAAGAAGAUGGAUUCUAGCUGCACCGAUGCCCUAAAAUGGCAGGCGGCGGAGCAAAUUCGGCUGGCGGCAAUGGAGAGGGCCUACGCGGAGAGAGUGAUGGAGCUGACUAGGAGGGAGAUGGAGCUAGCUCAGUCGGAGUUUAUGCGGGCCCGGAGUUUGUGGGAGAGGGCUAGAGAGGAGGUGGAGAGGGCCGAGAAUAUGAAACGACAAAGAUCAGCUAAUUCAAGUACGUGCAUGGAGAUCACUUGUCUCUCCUGCAGCCAGAAGUUUAGACCUAAUUAAUUCAAUGUCAAAUUCUUUUUUCACUCUCUCUCUCUCUCUCUCUCUCUCUCUCUCUCUCUCUCUCUCUCUCUCU